UUGACAAUGGGUCGAUAAACAAUUUCCUCGGUCGCCAUUGAUUUGAAAUCACCGAACCUGGACUGUACGGACUCUUCUGUAUAAAUACAAGGCGCCAGCUUCAUAAUCUGUUGAAACAGCUGACCAAUACAUGGACCACAUGAUGGAGAGGUUUUGAUACCACUGAGAGUAUGGGGACCUACAUAAGUAAAAACAUGGAUAACCUCAGACGUUUGAUUGUCCACUUGCUUCAUAUACUUCUUGGUGUUUCAGCAUGCCACGGAGUUACUGAUCUUUACCAUCGAGAGGCGUCGUACCAGCCGGUAGAGCACCGUGCCCUACUCGGCAAAUCCUUCAUGAAUAUCUCGGGUAUCUCCGCAAUAAGGUGUUCGGCUCGGUGUCUUGGGCAUCAGCGAUGUUCCUCUUUCAACUAUGACAGCAUCAAUGGAGUAUGCCAGAUGAACAACGCCACAAAGCAAGUCGGGGACGAUUUGCAAGAAAUGCAAACGUUCACCUAUUACGAGUCAACUGCAACACAUCAGUACAGUGCUGUUUCCGACUGUGUGAAUUCUACCAAGUUGUGUUUGUGCAUCACUGACGUGAAACUGGGUGUUGAACAUGCUUCGAUCAUCCCCGAUGCAAAUCUGAACGCUUCAAGUAGCUUGGGUGGCAAUCCAAACAGAGGCAACAAGAGCACGCCCUCUCGCGGUCGGCUUAACAAGAUACGCACCAAACCUGGUUUCAUAGGGGCGUGGUGUCCCAAUGUGGCAGAUACCAACCAGUGGAUACAGGUGGAUUUGGUCAACACGACCUACGUGACUGGGGUGCUCACCCAGGGGCGAUCGGAUGAUGCGCAAUGGGUGACAAAGUACAAAGUGCAGUAUCAAGCACCCUUCAACGGACCCCUAUUGGAUGUGAAGGACCAAUCUGGGGAAACAAUGAUGUUCGUUGGCAACGUUGAUAGAAACGGCAUUGUGGAGAGGCGAUUCUUUGAACCCAUCUUGGCCGUCAAGGUUCGCAUUGUUCCCCUGGAAUGGAAAGGAUACAUAGCUCUGCGAUUCGAACUUCUUGGCUGCAAAUAAAAAUGUGAAUAAUGCAAAGACCAGUAGGAUUUGAAACUCUGCAUAUUGAAAAUACGAUAUAAUAUAGGU